AUGACGCUCCGUCCAGCACUGCGUCGGCUGGCGCGGCCUGGUGGCGCGCUUCGGCCAUUCUCACGAUGUCUGCGGGUGCAGCACAGUUCCAGCCUGGCCGCUGCAUGGAAUAAGAGCAGCCUUGAGCCGGCUGCGCCGUCCGCCUAUACGCCGCCUCCUGCGCCCGAGCCGCCUACAUCCCCUCCCCCACGAUCCGCCACCCGCAAAGAGUCCCUCACGCGAGCAAAACCGUUCUCUGCCUUUCUGACAGACACGUUCAGUCGCCAGCAUGACUACCUCCGCAUCAGCAUUACCGAGCGCUGCAACCUACGAUGCCUCUACUGCAUGCCCGAAGAGGGCGUCCCGCUGUCGCCCCCCGCGCACCUCCUCACUACCCCGGAGAUAGUGUACAUUUCCACCUUGUUCGUGUCGCAGGGCGUGACGAAAAUUCGCUUGACCGGCGGAGAGCCCACGGUACGCAAGGAUAUCAUACCAAUGAUGCAGCAAAUUGGCAAUUUGCGGCGAGACGGGUUGAGGGAGCUGUGUCUCACGACGAAUGGGAUAUCAUUGCAUCGAAAGCUAGAUAGUAUGGUGGAGGCCGGUCUCACGGGCAUUAAUCUGAGCCUGGAUACCCUGGACCCAUUCCAGUUCCAGUUGAUGACACGCCGGAAAGGGUUCGAGGCCGUCAUGAAAAGCAUUGAUCGGGUUCUGGAACUAAACAGGGUGGGUGCUGGCCUCAAGUUGAAAGUGAAUUGCGUUGUUAUGCGAGGCCUGAAUGACCGAGAGAUCUUACCAUUUGUGGAGCUUGGACGGGAAAAGCCCAUUGAAGUGAGAUUCAUUGAAUAUAUGCCAUUUGACGGGAACAAGUGGAGCCAAGGCAAAAUGCUUCCCUAUCAGGAAAUGCUAGAUAUUAUCCGUGCCAAAUACCCGGGGCUUGAGAAGGUCAGAGACCACAAAAAUGACACAAGCAAAACAUACCAGGUUCCAGGCUUCGUGGGGCGCGUGGGCUUCAUAACCAGCAUGACCCACAACUUCUGUGGCACCUGCAACCGUCUUCGUAUCACGAGUGAUGGAAACCUGAAAGUUUGCCUUUUUGGGAAUGCCGAAGUCUCUCUUAGAGAUAUGAUACGGAAAGAAAACAAUGACUUGCCGAUCGACGAUGACGCUAUGGAGUCCCUUCAACUUUUAGAAGCAGCUCGACAGUCUGUCCAUGCCGAAAAAGAGGGACAUGUUGUCCGUGAGCAGGAGCGGGAACUACUAGAUAUUAUCGGUGCAGCGGUGAAACGCAAAAAGGCUAAGCAUGCGGGAAUGGGGGAGCUCAAGAAUAUGAAGAACAGACCCAUGAUAUUGAUUGGUGGGUGA